UAUUGUCAACGCGGUGACUUGUCAAAAUUGUGAUAUUCAUGAUUGUGAUUUGUGAGUUGCGGAUUUAAUUUUGGGAAAAGUUGAUUUUUUUUGUCAUAUUCAUAUUACAGAAGUUUACAAACACUAAUCAAAAUGACUAUAAAGAACAAGCCCGAAGAAACAAAAAAAGAGAAGGCGGAGCCAGUGCCGGCCCCAAAUGAUGAUUUGUCUGAAGAAGAUAAACGCCUUCAAGAAGAGCUGAAUAUGCUUGUAGAGAAAUUACUGGGAAAUGAAGUUGAUCUAUACUUUCCUGCUUUACAAAUGCUAAGCAAUCUUAUACGAACAUCAACAACUUCAAUGACAUCAGUUCCUAAACCUCUGAAGUUUUUAAGAGAGCACUACCCAGCUCUUAAAGAAGUUUAUGAGAAAAUAACUGACCCCAAAACAAAGAAAUUUUGUGCAGAUGUUGUUUCAGUAUUAGCUAUGGGUGUCAGUGGCACUAUUGAAGCCGCAGAAAAGAGAGAAUGCCUUAAAUAUUGUUUACUGGGAACAUUGUCAAAUGUUGGCGAAUGGGGCCAUGAAUAUGUUCGCCAACUAGAAGGUGAAAUAGCAGAAGAAUGGAAUAUUGAAAAUAUGGACACGUUGUUGCCACUUGUGCGUGAUGUAAUUGCAUUUGACAUGCAACAUUCAGCUGAAAUUCAGGCUUGUGAUCUGCUCAUGGAAAUUGAUCGUUUAGAUCUACUUACCCAGCACAUGGACCAGAGCAACUAUCCACGGGUGUGCUUAUACUUGAUUGGGUGUGCAAGUUAUGUAGUAGAGCCAGAAUCAACACAAAUUCUUCAAGGAGUGCUUGAUACAUACUUGAAGUUUGGGGAAUAUCCUAGAGCACUACUUGUUGCUAUGCAAUUGCAUGAUAAGGGCAAAUGUGAGGAAGUUUUUAACUCCUGCACUGAUAUGUUGGUCAAAAAGCAAUUGUGCUACAUGCUUGCACGUCAGUAUGUUCCUCUAGAAUUGGAAGAUGAAGAUCUACGAACAAUACUUCUGAAUGCUCACAUAAACGACCACUUCUUGAGUUUGGGAAGAGAGCUUGAUAUUAUGGAACCUAAAACUCCUGAAGAAGUAUACAAAACUUGGUUGGAAUCAGCCGGUUCCGCUCUCCGACCUUCAUUACUCGCUGAACACCCAGUGGAUUCAGCCCGGCAAAAUCUAUCAGCAACAUUUGUGAAUGCAUUUGUAAACGCUGGCUUUGGAAGAGACAAACUAGUGACAACAGAGGAUGGAAAUAAAUGGAUGUAUAAAAACAAAGAUCAUGGUAUGCUAUCAGCGGCAGCAUCACUUGGAAUGAUUCACUUGUGGGAUGUAGAUGGUGGUCUUACUCCAAUUGACAAGUAUCUGUACACAUCUGAUGAACAUAUCAAGGCUGGUGCACUUUUAGCCCUUGGAUUAGUUAACUGUGGUGUGAGAAAUGAAUGUGACCCAGCUCUGGCUCUGUUGUCGGAUUAUGUAUUGCAUUCCAGUGCAAAUCUUCGGAUUGGAAGUGUUUUAGGUCUGGGUAUCGCAUACGCGGGCACGCAGCGCGAGGACGUACUGUCGCACUUGCUUCCAGUACUGAGCGAUUCUGCCGCGCCGCCAGAGAUCUGCGCGCUUGCGGCACUCGCCUGCGGGCUCAUUGCUGUUGGCUCUUGUAAUGGGGAUGUUACGUGUGCAAUUAUUCAGCGUUUAUUUGAUGACAACAAAGACUUGCAUUCUUCCACAUAUGCACGAUUUUUACAUUUGGGUCUUGGAUUGUGCUUCUUAGGUUGUAAAGAGCGUACAGAGGCCACAAUGGCGGCUCUCGAAGUGCUCCCAGAGCCGCACCAGUCGCUUUGCCAGACGACGCUGUCGAUGUGCGCGUACGCAGGCACCGGCGACGUUCUCGUCGUCCAACAGAUGUUGCAUAUUUGCUCUAAGCAUUAUGAUACUGAUAAUGAACAAUCUUCGGCUGAAGAUACGGCUUUCAAGAAACAAGAUAAGAAAGAGAACAAAGAGAGUAGCAGCGGCAGCAGCAGUAGCAGUAGUGGUUCAGCGGGCAGUUCCAAAGACGACAAAGGCAAAAGCAAAUCGUCCAAAGAUAGCAAGAGCAAGGAAAAGGACAAGGAACGUGAGGCUAACAAGGAGCUGUCUUCGGUACAAGCAGUGGCUACACUUGGUGUAGCUGUCAUUGCCUUUGCUGAAGAAACUGGAGCCGAGAUGUGCACCAGGAUAUUUGGUCAAUUGGGUCGGUACGGCGAGCCGGCGGUGCGGCGCGCGGUGCCGCUCGCUAUCGCGCUGUGCUCAGUGUCCAACCCGCAGCUGGCGGUCAUAGACGUGCUCAACAAGUACUCGCACGACUCCGACAAUGAUGUUGCGUACAACGCGAUCUUCGCUAUGGGUCUCGUUGGCGCUGGUACCAAUAAUGCGAGGCUGGCAACGAUGCUGCGCGCGCUGGCGCUGUACCACAGCAAGUCGCCCGUGCACCUGUUCAUGGUGCGGCUGGCGCAGGGGCUGUGCCACGCGGGCAAGGGCACGGUGACGCUGUGCCCGGCGCACGCGGACCGCCGCCUCGUCAACCAGCCCGCGCUCGCCGGCCUGCUCGUCGUGCUCACCGCCUUCCUCGACUGCAAGAAUAUUAUUCUCGGAAAAUCUCACUACUUGUUGUAUGUUUUGGCAACGGCAAUGCAACCCCGUUGGUUGGUCACACUCGACGAAAACCUUCAACCCUUGAACGUGAGCGUUCGUGUUGGACAGGCAGUGGAUGUGAUUGGUAAGGCUGGUACUCCCAAGACGAUUGCUGGCUCCCACACCCACACUACGCCAGUUUUGCUCUCCUUCGGCGAACGCGCAGAACUGGCGACCGAUGAGUACAUACCGCUGUCUCCGGUCAUGGAGGGCUUUGUUAUCCUCAAGAAGAAUGAAGACAGCAUCAUGGCUGCAGUGCAGUAGAGAAUAGUUCUUAUGAUUAUUACCUUAACAAUUAAAAUGUACUUUCUUUAAUAGU